AUGGCCAUUCAGCAUGUGACACUGGGACUUGUCUUUUUACUGCAGACCUCAGUGGGGACCCUAGGGAACUGCACUCUGCUUGUUCACUACCUCUCCCUACCUUUCUCUGGGCUCAGGACAAGGCCCACAGACGUGAUUCUCAGACACCUGACCAUCACUAACUCAGUAGUCAUUCUCUCUAGGGGAGUCACACAGACCAUGUCAGCUUUGGGGAUGAGAGACUUCCUCAGUGAUUUGGGCUGCAAAGUUGUCUUCUACCUUCACAGAGUGGGCAGGGGGGUUUCCAUGGGCACCACCUGCCUCCUGAGUGUGUGUCAGAUGGUCACCAUCAGCCCCUGGACCUCCAGGUGGGCCCAGCACAAAGAUAGGGCUGCCCAGAACACUGAAUGUUCUCUGAUCCUGAUAUGGAUGAUUCAUCUGUCGCUCAAUAUCAUAGUGGUACAAGGGACAAGUAGUAAUUUGAGCCAGAAAAACAUCACAAGGAAAAAAACAUUGGGGUACUGUUCUAUUGCAUUUCAAGGCGGAAUCAUAACCCCAAUCUGUGUAGUACUGCUCUCAGUCCCUGACGUGCUGUCUCUGGGCCUCAUGCUCUGGGCCAGUGGCUCCAUGGUCUCCAUGCUCCACAGGCACAAGCAGCAGGUCCAGCACCUUCACAGAGCUCGUGUCACCCCCAGAGCUGCCCCUGAGACCAGGGCCACCCAGAGCAUCCUGGUGCUGGUCUGUACCUUUGUCACCUGCUACGCCCUGUCCUGCACCUGUCACCUCUGCAUUUCUCUGUCAAAGAAUCCCAGCUGGUGGAUGGUGAACCUGUCUGUUCUGUGUGUAGCCUGCUUUCCCACUGUCAGCCCCUUCCUCCUCAUGAGCCAGAGCCCCAGGCUGCAAUGA